UGCGAGAGCCCUGGGCUUCAAUGUUAUAAUAGUCCAUGUGUCCAGUGGGGUCAGCACUGUUGGUAGCACUGUUGUUAGUUUCAUCGGCAUGGACAACAAUGGAAACAUCAUACCUCCUGAGGCUGCUAAGAAAGAUCUGAAAGAGAAGAGAGAUAAGGUUCAGACAGAGCUUCAGACGGUGUUUGGAGUUGACUUAGAGUAUGAUAUAAUUGAUGAGGAGAAGGAGUCCAGCAUCAACAUCCUUGUAAUCGUGUUGGGAAUUGCUAUACCAGUGGUUGUGAUUGCUAUCAUUAUUGCAGUGGUGAUUGGGGUGAAGAAACAAAAGCAAAAGAAGAAAUCCGACCCACAAAAGCCAACCAAUAAAAGACGUGAAAGCCGUGACUCAUUGGAAAACAAGCCUCCUUCCUCCUUUCGCAACCCAGCGAUGCAAACAAGCAUGCAGAGACAAAUGGAACGUCAUUCAAAUGAACGGAACAUGAUUCAAAUGAAUCGUUUUGGCAACCCGAACCCAGCUCAGCCAACUUAUGACAGAAAUUGGAGGCCAGCGAUGCAAACAAAUGUCCAGAGACGAAUGGAACGACCCUAUCAAAUGAAUCAAUUUGGCAACUUGAACCAAGCACAGCCAACCAAUUACGAAAACUGGAAUCCAGCAAUGCAAACAAACGUGGGCAGGAAUGGGAUGGAAUAUCAACCUGGGCCUCACCAAAAGAAUCAACAUGGCAGAUCUUACUAAUUAAUAUCAGAGUUGUGUGUGUAUCUGUGUGCAUGCGUACAUAUACGUGUGUGUUGUGUUUAUAUGCCAAAGAGACGAUUGUCACUGUGCCAUAGAACACUAAGGCUCCUCCACAUAUGGGUUUGCAUGACCCAUGGGGACCUGUGUUCAGAGUCUGGUGUGAACUAUUUCCCGGCCCUGUCCCGUCUCUCUCUCCCACUCUGUUCCUGUCACGCUCGCGACUGUCGUGUGGUUCAUAAAAGACCCCAAAACUAACCUGGCUCUCGUGAGAUGAAUAUGGUUCCGCCUUGCCUUAUUAUCUGGUCCUAUGGCUACAGCCAUUAGCUCCCCAAAGUGUGCUUUUCUCUAAAAUCCUUACAUAUGAUUGGAGGAAGCACUUGUCUAACAUUUGUAAUGAUGUGCCACUUCAACUACUCACAGAUUCUUAAAAACAGUUAAAAUCAGUGGUGUAGUCUACGUAGAACGCGGGUAUACGGAGUAUACCCACUUCUAAAUUUCAGGGAUUUCAGUAUACCCACUUAAAAUUGAUUGAUCCAUUGUUUUGAAUAGCACAAAUAUAUACAGUAUACCCACUUCAAAAAAUGAUCAAAUAUACAGUAUACCCACUAUAAAAAAGUAGACUACACCACUGGUUGAAAUGGCAGAAUUGAUGUCAGCACCACUCACUGCGCGAGUUGGCAUUGUUGUCUGAAAGAACCUUUUGUUUCUUUUCCUUCACUAUAUGUUUAACUUUUUCAUAUCUCUGAAAUCCCAGAAUCGUGAUUGAUUUAUCCACCUCAACGCUGUGGAAGCUGAGCGAAAACAUGCAGAUGGUGAGAGCGAGGUUACACAAAAACCCCUUAAAAUUGGCUAUUCACUGAAAUGUAGACAAUGAAGCAUUUCGAAAAUCCUCCGCAUGCGGGAUAAAAAUAAUGGGGAAAGAAAUAAUACAAUAAUAUCUGUUGAUAAAGUAAUAAUAUUCAUAUGCAUGUAAAUGAAGCCUUUGAUGUGCCCAGGAAAGUGAAAUCAGCAAUAAAGUCUCCCACUUGUCAUGCACAUACACAGUUUAAUUAUCUAUAAUAUUAUAAGAAUGGCUUGUGCUUGCGUUUGUGAUUGUGAAAAAUGCACACGUUUCAGAAUUAAGCGUGUCCAUACCGAUUGUAAAUCAAUAAAUACAAAAUAAAUAUUGAGUUCUAGAAAUCCGAUUUCAUGCCAGAUUUACUAGAUUUUGGCUCACUGACAAUUUGAAGUUGACACCCCUGUACAUGAGUAUACUCAGUUGAGCACAUGUUGUUAUUAAGUUAAGGCUAUUAUUGGGUAUUGUGAGCCAUUUAACGUAUACCUUUGAAAUGUAGAAUUACCCAUACCUCCCAAAAAUCACAUUACCUUAAUUUUUGUGUGUUUGACUGUUUUUGCUUGUUUGUUUUAACAAAAAUCAUGUGAGGUAUAUCUCGCUGCAAAUAUGACUUUUUUCCUCAAAUAGUCAUCUUGACAUGCUGCUUAGAAGAAUCAUCAUUUAAAUAAAGUAUUUCUUUUAUAAUGCGAGGUGGUUACGUGGUGAGGGUAUAGGCAUUUUUCAAGAGAAGAACACACUGUAUGUCAUUUUGAAAUUAAA